AUGCACCUGGAGAUGGAACGUACGCUGAAGCGAGUCCAGGAGGGGAUUGACGAGUUCCAGUCCACGUGGCAGAAGAUGGACGAGGCCACUGAUUCCUGGUCUCAAUUCCAAGUCCCGAUCCCUGUCCCGGCUAUUCCCGGCAGUGUGCGCGACCAGAUCCGGUCAUGGCUGUCAACGAGCGAGGCGAAGGCGCAUCUGGAGGAGCUGGAGGCGGCGCGGCGACAGAUAGAGGUGGAGAUGGAGCGGUUCAAGCAGUGCGAGAAGGCCAGCAAGAUCAAGGCCUUCUCCAAGGAAGGACUUGUGCAACAGCCCCGGAAGGACCCAUCGGAGAAGGCAAAAGUGGAGGCAGCUGCGUUUCUGAAGAAGUCAAUGGAUUCUCUGCAGGUGCAGAUCGAUGAGUACGAGGCGGAGAUUGAAACCAUAUCAGGCGGCAAGACGGGGAAGAAGCUCAACGCCAAGGUGCUGGAGCUGGAAGGCCACGUCACCAAGCAUGGCUGGCACAAGACCAAGUUGGAUCAGGUGCUGCGGCUGUUGGAGAACGAGGAGAUCGCGCCAGAGGACGUGGAAGCACUCAAGGAGAGCAUCUCCUGGUACCUCGACAUGCACCAGGACGAGGACUACAUGGCAGACGAUGCGCUGUACGAUGACAUGCCUUUCCACAAGCUCUUUGGCAAGCUCAACGACGACUCCGCCGCCUUCUCCACCAGUUCCCGCACGCCCACGGCGUCUAUGAGUCCACACACCUCGGCCUCCUCCUCGCCCUUCUCCUCCACCCACGACUCCCCACCCAAGGAGCUUGCCAGCCCUCAGAUCGGGAAAGUGAAAGCAGCACGUCUGCCAUCUGCCCUGUCCAGCCCGCGCAAGGACCCCAGGCUCGACACCUCCCCCCUCUCCCCCUCCCCCCUUUCCCCCUCCCCCUCCGCAUCCCUCCUCGCCUCCUCGCCCCUCAAGCCCUUCUCACCGCUGCCUACCGUUUUUGAACCUGCUACAAGCACCACCACGGGCACCAGCAGCAGCGCCACGAGCAGCCCUCUCUCGCGUGUCUCUGCCGGCAUUUCUGCUGCUCCAGAGCGCCAUUUCUCGGCGUCGUUUCGAGCCCAGCGCAAGGGGGUAGACCAAGCAGGUGGUGGAGAAGGGGAGAUGAAGGGGAAAGCGAAGGCGGAGGGGGAGGCGGAUCGGCAGGAAGGGGGAGUGGGAGGGCGAGGCGGAGGCAAGGAGGGGGGCGGUGGGGCGGGGAAGGGGGCUGGUGGGGAGGCGGGGUGGGAAGUGAGGGGAUCCGCGCAGUCGUCACCUCUGUCAAUCCAACUGGGGGAUGAGGAGGCCGGGGAGGGAGAAGCGAAGCGCAAGGGUGGAGCGCGGGAGAAAGAAGCAUCCAUUGCAAAGGCCGUCCAGGCGGAGAAACCAGUGGUGGUGGGGGAUGAAGCGGAGGGGAAGGAAGCUGCCACGGGCGCACGGGACGCAGGGAGAAGGAAGGCAGGGAGAUUAGGAGUCGAGAGUAGCGCAAUGCUGGAUAAGAGUAGCAGCAGCGCUGGUAGUCUGAUGGGGAAAGUAGGUGGCAGUGUUGGUGGGAGUAGUCUGGGAGCAGCACCCGCACCUGCACCCGCUCCUGGGAAGGACCGGCUCACUAAAACAACCGUCGCUGCUGCUGCCACUGCCGCUGCUGCAGGUGCUGCUGCGGCUGCUGCUGCUGCUGUGGUUGGAGGAGGUGUGCAUGGCAAGGGCGCUGGUGCAGAGGGUGGGGCGGAGGGCAGCAGCAGUAGCGUUCAUGCGCGCACUCAAGAUACCCCCGCCCUCCCCUCGGAGCUGCUGCUGUCCAGACCUUCGUCUGCUGGCCCGUCCAGCCCUGGAGCAGCUGAAGGCAAGCAUUCAUCGCUGCUGCUGCGGCGAGCAGCGUCUGCAAUCACAGUGGACUUACCCGUCCUCCCAGACUCCCUAGACUCCCUUGCUGCUGAACCCCCAAACCCCAUUGAGGCUGCUGCUACUGGCGUCGCCACUGCAUACCUCCCCACCUCCGCCCCCGUUCUCCCCCCACCGGCAGCCGCGUCAGGGGGAACGCUCACCUCCCAGGGCGCCCCACUAACCCCUAAUACGAUCAGGGGAGCUGGGGCAGGUGGGGCGUUUCCCUCAGGGGCUUUGGAUGGGCGGCAGCAGGGGGCAUGGGCAGCUGGAGUAGCAGGGGCAGGGCAGCACGGAGUGGCGCUGCUGGGAGGUGGGCAUUCGUCACUGGUUCAACCGGGAAGGAUGAGUAGAGGGAUGAGCCAGAAUGACCUUCAGGGUGUCGCUUCUGCUCCUGCUGCUAUUGCUGCUGCUGCUGCUGCUGCUGCUGCUGGCGGUGUUGGUGGUGGUGCAGCUGCAGCUGCUGGUGCACCGCUGGGGGCGGCAGCAGGGGCGUGGCAGAGAGCGCCUGCAGACAUGCCUGCUGCGCUGCAGCAGGUGCCUCCCAGCCUUUCGCGAGUGCUGAUGCAGAAGCUGCAGCACCAGCACCUCAUGCAGCAGCAUGCUGCACUGCCGCUCCUCGCUCAGCAGCAACAGCAGGCGCAGCAGGUGCAGCAGCAGCAGGCGCUGUUACGGCAGUUGCCAGUGCACCCGGGGGCCCAGGGAGGUGUGCUGCCAUCGCUGCAGCAGAGCCUGCUGGCUCAGCAGGCGCAGCAGAUGGCUCUUGCCUCUCACAAGCUGCAGCAGCAGCAGCAGCAGCAGCAGCAGCAGCAGCAGCAGCAGCAGCAGCAGCAGCAGCAGCAGCAGCAGCAGCAGCAGCAGCAGCAGCAGCAGCUGGCGCAGCAGCAGCAGCAGCAGCAGCAGCAGCUGGCGCAGCAGCAGCAGGAGAGGGUGCAGGCGCAGCAGAUGUUCCAGUCGUCCCAGCUGGUGCAGCCACAGCAGGUGCGGGCACCAGUGCAGGCCAACCAGGCACCGCAACCCCUCCCACUGCUCCCCAACCACCCCUCCCUCACCGCACUUGACCGCACCCAAUCCAUGCCCGUGACGGGGCUGUCACAGGCUCCGCCCCCUGCCCCUAUGCGGCCUCCCUCUGCAUGGGGUGUUCCGUUGGGGGGCAGUGGUGGGCCUGCCCCCUCCCCCUCGCCAUCCCCCUCCCCUUCCCUGUCCCCGUCCCCAUCACUGUUGCAAGCCACGUCGCUGGCUGCUGCAGCAUCAGUGGCGGCAGCAGCAGGGGCAGCUGCUGGGGGCCAUCCGGGUGGGAUGCCUCCUGCUGCUGCUGCUGCUAGUGCUGCUGGUGCUGCUGCUGCCUUUCGUGCUGCUGCUGCAGGUGCACAGUUGCAACCAGUGUGGGGCAGAGCAGGAGGAGCAGGAGGAGGAGUAGGAGCAGCAGCAGGAGGAGGAAGAGCAGCACUGCCACAAGCUCCAGGCACAGCAGCAGCGGCAGCAGGAGGGGGAGGGGUUGUGAGUGCAGGGGCGGGUGGAGUGGGGGGUCCCACGGCACGAACACCCUCUCCAGCAUGGGGGGUGGAGCGGCGGCGGGAGGAGGAGCGGAGUGCGCUGCUGUGUGGGUUCCAGCAGAUGCGCGACCAUGGCAUGGAUGACCGCGUGCUCACGAGCAGUGCACCGAGUGCAGUGGUGCGGCCGGUGCGCCCGUGUGAGGUGCCAGCCAUGUGGCCGCACAAGCCCAUCGCACCGGAGCAUGCGCGGGCGCUCUUUGAGCGCCUGGGCAUGGACGCGCUCUUCUUUGCCUUCUACUUCCAACAGAGCACGUACAUGCAGUACCUGGCGGCCAGGGAGCUCAAGAAGCAGUCGUGGCGCUUCCACAAGGGCUACAACACCUGGUUCCAGCGCCACGUCACCCCGCCUGUGAUCACAGAGGAGUACGAGAGGGGAGGCUAUGUGUACUUUGACUUCCACCUGCACGCCCCGCACCCCUCCGACGCACAGCCUGGUGUCUCCACGGGCUGGUGUCAGCGUGUGAAGGACGACUUCAUGUUUGAGUACCAGCACCUGGAGGACGAGCUGGAUGCGUGA